AUGCCAGGGUACUCAAAAAACCACUACAGCAGCAACUUCUUCUCUCAGGACCUGCAAGAGUCCGACUGUGUGAUACAGGAGUUCCUGCUCGACGCUAAUUGCUUCUCCAUUCCAGCGGCAACGGUGGAGGGCUCGUGUGCGGGUGUGGAUCAGAGGCCUCCUGCUGCGUGUGAGGCGUUCUGUGGGAUUGUCAACAGCACCACGCCUGCUUGUGGUGGCCUGGGGGUGUGUUACCCGGAGGGGCCGAACCUUGUUCCCACGUGUCUCUGUAACGAUGGGUUGGUGCAAGAUGGAGGGAUCUACUGCAUUGCUGAGGGUACGUGCCUGCAGUGGAAAGCAGCAGUGUGCCUUCAUUCUGACAGUACUUCUCUAUGUCCGCAUAUUGACGGCUCGCUGCAGAACGGGGAGGUGGUGGAGGCGCCGACCGUUCUCACCAAGGGUGCAGAAGCAGCGACAGCAGGGGCAUUCACUGCCGACCCGCUCGUGCUCUUCUCGUAUGAUUCUGUCAAGGAGGGCUGUGGCACACAGCUGCAGUUCCAAGCCAACUUCACCUUCUUCAUGUUGCCUUCCACCGCUGCUGCUGCUGCUGCUGGCCAGGGAGGCAACGGGCUCGCGUUUGUGAUUUCGGCGACGAAUGCGGCGGGGACUGGCGGGGAGGGGGGAGGGGUGGGGUACGCUGGCAUGGACGCUCGGAGCGUGGCGGUGGAGUUUGACACGUUCACAGAUGCAGCGCAUGGGGACAUGCCCGCCCACCACGUGGGGCUCAACACCGGCGGCAGCGCCACUUCCGUCAAGGCCGUUCAAUCGCCCUUCCGUCUCAACAACCGAAAGGCUUAUACAGCGUGGAUUGAUUACUUUCCCGGAGCCCCCGGAGCCCUCAAGGUGUACCUGUCUGGGGACGAUGUGAAGCCAGAUGUGCCUCUACUGGAGAGCCCUCUGUCGCUGUGUGACGUGCUGCAACCAAUGGCUGCUCAAAGAGCGUUCUACUUUGGGUUUGUGGCGUCCUCUGUGGCUCCCUUCCAGCAGCAGCACGCCAUCCUGGUGUCUCUCAUCCGAACAGGGUUUUCAAUUCCCGCAAAAGCCAGUGCAGUAUCCAUCGUUCCAGCCUUCGGCUUAGCCCUGUCUGCAACGACGUUCCGGCCUUUGCGGGCGAGUCCGUUCACGCGGUACGUGAGUGCAUCCUACUCGCUCACGCAGUCGGGGCAGCAGGACGCCUGGCUCCUCCGCGACCCCUCCUCCUGGGAUGUGCCCUGGCUCUCCUGGCCCGUCAAGGACCAGGACGCCUGCAGUGAGUGCCGUGGGGGCCUGGGGGGAGGAGGGAGGGAGGGACGCCUGCAUGAGCUGCUCUCCAAGUCGUUCUCGUUUUCUCGUCAAACCAGAAGCCUUUGUUUUUCCCUUCCCUUCCAAUCAGUCCAUUUGCUCAUCCCUCCAUUUUUUCCCUUUCCCUCCCCCAUCUCCACUUCCCCUUUCCGGAUCCCCCACUUCCCCCGCCUCUCUCCCCACUUCCUUCCCUGUGUUCAACCCCUUAAAUUUGAUGCGUGCUGGGCAUUCGCAGUGGUGGCGAGCGUAGAGGCUGCCUAUGGCAUCGCACAGAAGUUACCCGCGCCGCAGCUGUCAGUGGACUCGCUCUUUGCAGCCAUGGGGCUCACCACUCAAGAAGGGAAAUGCAGCGCUGGAGGCUCCCCGACAGACGCCUUUGAGAAGCUGCUUGCUCUGCCCAAAGGGGGACUAACUCUAGUCGCCACAAUGCCUGCAAGCACAAGCAAAACGGCUGUUGUGAAGUACUAUCCCGUUCAGGGCUUUGAGCGCACGCGGUUCAAGGGGUACGUGGGGCUCAUGCUGGCAGUGGAACGGCAGCCGGUGCUGGUUCACAUCGAAGCCUCUGCUCCCACGUUCGCCACAUACGACGGGAUGAUCAAGUACCAGGAUCCUGGCUGCUAUACUGGCAGGCUGAACCACGUUGUCCUCGUUAUUGGCUACUCUGUUACAGUCGGUGAAAAAGGAAAACUGCGUAUUCCUCCUCCAUUUUGGAUCAUCCGCAACUCGUGGGGCGAGGGUUGGGGCGACAGGGGUCACAUGCGCAUGGACAUUCAGGGAGGGGAUGGCGUGUGUGGCAUCAAUGUGCUGCCUGGCAUCUACCCAAUCAUCAAGAUCCCCGGCGACCCGUGUGUGCUCAAGGGCUUUGCAUUGGACCGGGAGGACUGGCCGGUCAUGAACCCGUGCGGGCGCUUUGCGUGCCGCCCCAACGCGCGCGCCAACACAUACUCGUGCACCUGCAGCCUGCCCCGCCCCGGCCCCCAGCCCUUUGUGGAGGUCGCCAAUGCCGACGCCUCAAAAACCUGUGCCUACGUGGACGUGUGUGGGUCCCACACCAGCAACCCCUGUGCCGUGGGCACAUGCAUCAACGAUGGCAAGGGCGCCUACUCCUGCAUCUGCCCUCCCAACUACGCCGCCACCACCACCAUUGACAACUUCCCCACCUGCGGCCCAGCCGACGUGACAGCAACGACGGUGGCAGUGGGUGGGGACAACUGGCAGUGUGCGGAUGUGCAUCCAGUCAUGGGGCUCACCCUUGCUGACUUCUCCGCACUCAACAAGGGUGUUGUCUGCACCAAGGUCCUGAAGAAAGGCACGACACUCAAUGUCAAGCCCCCUUCACCCAUCGUUUCCUGCACUGCCUUCUUCUUCACUCUCGAUGGAGAUACUUGCGACUCCAUAGCGGGGCGCGUCUAUCUGCCAACAGACGGCACCUUUGCAACCCUCAACCCCGGCGUUGACUGCUCCAAGAGCCUCUCUCCCGGCCGCUCUCUGUGCCUGGAGCGCAAUCCAGAGCUCGUGAGCACGGCGCCUGUGUGCUUGCAAUACGCGAUGCUGACAGCGCAGGACACGUGCGAGCGGCUGCUCAAAGGGACGGUCGCCACUGUGGAUAGUGCUGCGUGGGCUGCUCUCUACCGCAACAACCCCGGCCUCAUCUGCUCCAACACCAUCCCUGGCUCUGCCUCGGCUGCCGGGAGCAACACUGGCGUGCAGGUGUGUCUCCGAGGUAAGUAUUGGAACUUCCAGCUGGGCUCUUGUGUGAAGGGAAAGCCUUUUGAGGCGCCUCAAAUGCUUCAUUCUUUAUGUGUCUGA